CUUUGAAAGCUUACGACGCGAGACUGUAUAGGGGAAUUUAACCCCAUCUCUCUAACGUCUGUUAUGAGGUGUAGGUAGCAGAUGUUAUUGGGUUGAAAAGGAAAUGGAUAGGUUGGACGGCCCUGCGUCAUUCGUACCUUCUUAAGGAGCAUUGUAAAUGGUCACAUCUUUAAAAGCUCUUCAGGUGUUUUGGGAAGCCUUACAAUUACAUUAUCAAAUUGAGCAGAUUGGGUUUUAUAAGGUAGAGAACAGCUGCAAGGGAGGAAUAUCGGUUGUGGACUAUUCAGCACGUAGUUUAUGUUGCAGUUAUGUCUUCGUAACAAGAAACGGGGAUUGACAUUAGGAAAAUCAAUCGAGAAUCAACAAUGAUGGCUGGAAUAGUCAACACAGAGACUAAAGGCGGAUGCCUGGCCAAGAAAGCUUCCGUUUACACAGCACAGGAAAGAUUAGGAAGCGCAGCAUACGGCGGUGUAAUUCGAGCGGCUCGGAAUGCCGUUACGCAGGACAAUAUCACUACAGUUUACCUGCCUGCUCAGCCGACUAAUGUUGGUAGUAAAAUCGACAGCAGCGUUCUCAGGAAACGCACUGUGCACACAGAGGAUAUAGGCACCGGGUAUAUCAAACACGUCAUAAGGAAGGAACACGGAAAGGCUCAGAACUGGGAGAAAAGAAUAGAUGUUACGUUUACUAAAUGUGAAACGCCAGAGUCACCUGUCGACUCGCAGUCGGAAUGCGACGGAGGGGGUUGCGGAGAGGAGGACCGAUUUUCCACGCGCAGUUGUGGCGCGUGUAAACUGAACAGGAGAUCUGCCGAUACACCUUUUCUACGGAGAGUGAAAAGUGCAAACUCUGACUUCAGUCGGUACUCUUUAGCGGAGAGUUUUCCUCCACCAACACUACAGAGAACAGUUAUUAUGGAGAACAACGGUCGCACGCCGCAGAAUAUGAAGAAAAAACUUAUCAGCACGGAAAGUACGCGAAUCUGCAGCCUAAACUCUGGUAAUGCCAGAAAAUCAAGUUUAGGUGACCUUGAGGUGUCUCGAUCGAAGCAAAUGUUACUGAGGCGCAAUCAGACAGAAAUGGAUGUUCGGAUGCCUAGAAAGGGUUCUUAUGAGGACGUUUCUGUGGCCACGAGAAGGCGCCGCUACAGUGCUCACGAAAACGGCCAUAGCUUGCUCCCAAGACGAGAGGCAGAUUGCGACUCGAUAAAACUGUCAGUUAGGGCGCUGAAUACUCGGAGGGACUCCAAAGACGCUAACGGUAAACUAUCACCGCGAUCAGGAGUCAACAGGCAUCAAGCAAACGGGAAAAACGACCUGUUAAACGCACCUGAAGAUACCGAAACUCUGUCGUCUGCUAGGCCGCAAAGCGCAAGGCCAAACUUGGAAAAUGGAGACGACAAUGCACCAAACUCAUGGACAGUUGAAAAAUGCCAAAAAUGGAUGGAAACUUUACCAGAGAAAUUCUCAGGACUAAAUAACAUUCUCCUUCCACCAAUAGAUCAUGACACUGAGACGUCUUCCUUCGAUUUACCGCCCCCUGGCGGGGGAUUGGAUGAGAAUGGAGUGGGAUAGUUUUCAUAAAAGGGAACUGUCAUCUAAUAAUUUGGAUUAUUUCCUCUUGAGAUUUGAUGCAACGUAUAUAGAAUUUCACUUCGAAUUGGAAUUCAUUUUCGUACAAACUAAAAUACUUCGACAAAAAAAGAACACUUGGUACAAUUUUCUAGUCAGCUCAACGUUCAGAACAAAGUCCCACAUGCGAGACGUUCUCGGAUGAAGAUAAAGUAAACAUAUUUACUGAAGUGGCUUCUCCUGAUGUGAAUAUUAGAAACAUGAUCAUUUGGUUACCAACUUGUGAGCUCUUCUUCUAAGGCUUAGGCCAAAACAGCCAUCAGUCACGCGAAAUUGAUGCUGCCAUUAAUGGAAAAAUCCUUCGGUGCUACGUUGUACAAUGGUAGUGAAUUAUAUAUUCCAUUUUUUGUGUAUAUAUCUUUUUCCCUGUAACGCACAUGUUUAUACUGAUAUAUCAGUCAGUUAUACCAAAGAUUUCCCUUUUUGUGGAUUACCAACAAACAUUCGGAUACUCAUGUGAUUUAUUUAUU